AUGGAAGAGCUGCAGGAUAAAGAAGAGGAGCAGGGGGAGGAGGAGGACCACAGAACCAAGGCGUCGGGCUGGCCCCCACCACCACCGCCGCCACCGCCCGGCCCCUGGGGGUCCGCCCAGGGGCCCCCCAAUGGCUGGGACAUGGGCGCCAGUAGAGAGGGGCGUGACUGCUACAUCAACCUCCUCUCCCACUGUGGCUCCCUGGAGGAGGUGUGCCUGGAGGGGGACAGGUUCGUAGCCCCCGCCCCCCGGAAGGUGGAGAUGCGCCGCGACCCUGUGCUUGGUUUCGGCUUUGUGGCAGGAAGUGAAAAACCAGUGGUGGUGCGCUCAGUCACGCCAGGUGGCCCCUCAGAAGGUAGGCUGGUUCCGGGGGAUGAGAUCGUCAUGAUCAACGAGGAGCCGGUGGGAUCGGCCCCCAGGGAGAGGGUCAUCGACCUCGUCAGAAGCUGCAAAGAGUCCAUAGUGCUGACCGUCAUCCAGCCAUACCCAUCGCCCAAAUCAGCAUUCAUCAGCGCCGCCAAGAAAGCCAAGUUAAAGUCCAACCCCGUCAAGGUUCGCUUCGCCGAAGAGGUGGUCAUCAACGGCCAGAUCCCAGAGACGGUGAAAGACAACUCGCUUCUCUUCAUGCCAAACGUGCUGAAAGUGUACCUGGAGAACGGGCAAACCAAGUCCUUCAAGUUUGACCACAACACCUCCAUCAAGGAUGUCAUCUCGACCCUGCAGGAGAAGCUGUCCAUUAAGAGCAUCGAACAUUUCUCCCUGAUGCUGGAGCUCAGAGCGGAGGGCUCGGCCAGCAAGCUGAUGCUCCUCCACGAGCAGGAGAUGCUGGCUCAGGUGACCCAGAGGCCGGGAGCGCACAAGAUGAAAUGCUUCUUCCGAAUCAGCUUCGUGCCGAAGGACCCCCUGGAGCUACUGAGGAGAGACGGCGUGGCUUUUGAGUACCUCUACGUCCAGAGCUGCAAUGACGUGGUGUUGGAGAGAUUUGGGUCAGAGUUGAAAUACGACACGGCCCUUCGGCUGGCGGCGCUGCAGAUGUACAUCCUCACGAUCAGCACCAAGCAGUCACAGAAGGUUUCCCUCAAGUACAUCGAGAAGGAGUGGGGCCUGGCGUUGUUCCUGCCCCCUGCGGUGCUGUCCAGCAUGAAGGAGAAGAACAUUAAAAAGGCCCUGACUCACGUUCUCAAGACAAACCAGAACCUGGUGCCGCCCGGUAAAAAGCUGACAGCAUUGCAAGCCAAGGUCCACUAUCUCAAGUACCUCAGUGACUUGAGACUUUACGGUGGACGGGUCUUCAAAUCCAUCUUAGUGCAAGGCGAGAAGCACACAGAGGUGACCCUUCUGGUGGGACCGCGCUACGGCAUCAGCCACGUCAUCAACCCCAAGACCAACCUCGUGGCUCUGCUGGCUGACUUCAGCCACGUCAACCGCAUCGAAAUGUACGCCGAGGACGAGAAGAUGGUGCGGGUGGAGCUCCAUGUUCUGGACGUGAAGCCAAUAACUCUGUUAAUGGAGUCUGUUGAUGCCAUGAAUCUGGCCUGUCUGACCGCCGGCUAUUACCGCUUACUUGUGGACUCCAGGCGCUCUAUCUUCAAUGUGGCACGGAGCGGCGCUGAGAACGCGGAAGCGAGUCACGAGGCGAGAGUGAAGCAGAACUACCGGGCCAUCGAGUGGACCUACAGCACGCCCUACAAGGCAGCAGAGGACCGAGGCUGCGGUCAGCGGUGCGGCCCGGACUUCUCGAACCACCGCGAGUGUCACGAUUACCAGGGCGAGCGGGGGCGCUGCGAGAGCGAGAUCGAGCCGGUGUACAUCUCGGAGAUCCACCAGCCUCAGCACGCCGUGCACAUGGCGCACAGGGUGGAGCGCUGCCGGACCCCGCUACCCCAACCCUACCUCGGCGCCCCCAGGCCCAAACCCCAGGACUCGGCCCGGAACGCCAAGGUGUCCUUCAUAUUCGGGGACCCCCCCCUGGACAGCGUAAACCCCCAGAAUCUGGGCUACCAAAGACUGAUGGACGAGCAGGCGGAGGCCAUGGAUAACCACAGCCCCAUGUACGGGCGUCUGGAGGAGGAGGAGGAGGAGGAGGAGGAGUACAGGCUGAUGGAGGACGCCGCGGAGGACGUGGGGGGCUACCGGUACGCCGGCAAAAUCUUCGGCCCAAGGGAGUGCAUCGAGGAGCCGCUGCUGAGGGACAUCUGCUACGCUGAGACCACGGACGACGCAGAGGACGACGACGACGUCAGCUGCGAGGAGGACGCCUUCAUGAGCGACGUGGAGAAGCCCACCUUCCUCUCGCUCUCGGGGUCCAUCGACGACAUCAUCGACCUCACCUCCCUGCCCCCGCUGCCGGAAGGAGGCGACGAGGAGGACAGCGACGUGCUCCUGCACUCUCUCAACCUGGCCAUCGCCGCGCCUCCUCCAGGGUUCAGGGACAGCUCGGACGAGGAGGAGCACCAGCAGGGGGCCCGGGCCGCCGGACCCCACAGGGGGGCCCCCAACGACAUCCCCGUGUCCCUCAUAGACUCAGUGCCCACUCAGAGGACGACGGGCCCCGGAGAGCCGCUGGACGACGCGGUGGUGUCGACCCUGCGGGCGCUAGAGCAGCUCGCUGCAUCUGAGGACCAGAGUCCCGAGCAGUCCGAGAGCACAGGGGUGGACAUUUCCCGAGCCUUCAGUCCCGAGUCCUCGUCGGAUUCUGGGAACGAAACCAACUCCUCUGAGAUGACGGAGAGCUCCGAGCUGGCCUCCGCUCAGAGGCACUCCGAGAGCCACCUGAGGAUGGUUCACAUCGCCGAGGGCUACCACGGCAGGAGUGAAGAGAAGGCAGAGUUCAUCACUCCCGCCGAGAGGGGAGCAGAAGACGUGGACUACAACUCCCAGGUUCCCCGGGAGGAGGAAGAGGAGGCCAAGUCUUCAGCCGUCGCCUCCUCGCAGAUCCUACACUCCGAUGGGGGGGAGAUGGAACCAGAGACCAUGGAGACCAAGUCGCUCACCGACUACUUCUCCAAGAUGCACAUGGGCUCUGUGAUGAACCGGCAGUCAGGGACCCUGAGGGACCAGGACUGCAGGUUGGGGGGAGAUCCUGGCCAGCCCUCCGACUCAUCCAACGGGCCUUUCAAAGAGCUCCACAAAGAGGCGCUGCCUCAUCUAGUGGGGAGGUACAACGGCUUCACCGCCAGAGACUCUCAUUACAUGAACCAACUGGACCUUGGGCGGACUCACCCCCGGGAGAAGCAGCAGCCAUGGCAGCGUGCGCCCGGAACCAAAAUGUCGGAGAGUCACUCCCCCUCGGAAUGCUCGGUAGACUCACAGUCUUCCCACGCGGGCGUCCUGACGGAGCGGGGAGAAGAACGAUGCCAGCCGCUAAUUGCCCGUCAGCGAUCCCCAUCCGAGGGCGCCCGCAGCGACGCCGGCGGAGCGCAGGGUGGCGAGCAGCACAGCAUCAAGGCCGCGGCCGCUGCUGAGCACGACGGCCAGCGUCUCUAUGACUACCACCUGAGCAAGCGCAUGUCGUCGCUGCAGAGCGAGGGAGGCGCCCACUCCCUGCAGAACUCGCAGUGCUCCUCCGUAGACGCGGGCUGUAGCACCGGCAGCAGCUGCUGCGCCACGCCCAUGGACUCCCCGCUGUGCGCAGAGAGCAACUACACGCUGACCUCUGAGGGCUCCGGGCGGGGGGCAGCCUGCGCGGCGGCCGAGGAGAAGAUGUGUGGCGCCGCGGGCCAGGGGAGGAGCGGAACCCCACUGGACCCCACGCUGCUUAGGAAGAGCCACACAGCCGAGCCCGGCUACGGGACCCUGAGGGAGGGCAGUGGCCACCGGGGGCCCAAGAUUAAAGAAACCACAGGUAAAACUGAACUUAGGUUUGUAGCUUGCACACAACUGAAGCAGGCAUGGGAAGACGACCCCUCCUUAGCCCUCUGUAAUGAGACAAAUGCAGCCGCCACCACCACCACCACCAUCUCCACCUCCACCACCUCCACCGCCACCUCACCACCGCCAUUAAAGAGGACCACAGAUACCAGUGGGCAUUUACCGGGCCUGUACCCCUCCUCGAGAAAACCCCCACGUGAGUCGAGCACAGGCAGCCUCAGGAAACCGCGACGAGGGGGCGUGCUGAGGAGGAGCUGGAGCAGCAUGACACCUCCAGGGGCGAGGGGCUUCGACCUCCUGCUGGAGAAGACCAAGGCCACGUUCACGGGGAAGAGCGGCGGCCAGGACGGCCUACCACAAGCGCCACCAAAACAACAGAGGAGAUUCUACGGCAAAACAUUACCCAAGAGCUGGUCCCAACACGCCGUGGACUCGGUCAGCUCUUCAGGCCGGAAGCUCCUGCGGGGGUCCGCGGUACUGCUUCCUCCGUCGGCCGCGCCGAGGCUGAAGACAUCAGGCGCGUGGAGGUGUCAUGCUCCGUUCAGCCACUGCUUUCUGAGGGACCAUGUGAAUAACGACGGCGAUCCCGACGACAGGACGGUCCAAUUCCCUUUUCCUCUAUUAGCUGUGAGCCAGAAGCAACAGCAACCCACAAAGAACAUCACUGGUGAAGAACAAACAUCCUCCCUGAGGGCAGAACAACGAGGCGGUCCAACAAGCGCGGCCGCCACCCCCGGCAAUCAGGACAUGAGCCUCAAAGCCAGGCUGGCACGCGUGAGCUCCAUGAUGGGUAAAACCUACAGCCUGCCCUCUGGGUUUGAAGACGCCCGUAAGGACGCCUUAGAGAUGAUCGUUUUGGUGGGCUGGAGUCUCGGCCACGGGUCCGAGUGUGAAUGCCGAGAGGGCGGUGAGGAGACCGGGCAACCAGGGGAGCACUGCGAGGCACUGCAGGUGCAGGCCAAAGCCCUGAGCAGCGCCUGCAGCCAGAUGGCCCGUGAGCACGGCAGCCCAGAGGAGCUGCUGCUCACUCUGACACAAAGCUUCCACACGCUCUGCUGUCUGACGCAGGCUUGCAUGUCGCUGGUGGAAGGCCUGAGCGCCGAGCGGCAGCGGCGUGAGGUGGUGACCCGGGUGGACGAGGUCGUCAUGAACUACGUGUGUCUGCUGAAGGCUGCCGAGGCGGCGUCAGGAAGCAACUGCAAUGACCAAAGUGUGAACGCACUGACGCGUCACUCUGCCGCCAUGUCCGUCGUCAUCCACAACCUAACGCACUCGUUGAGAACACUGAUACACAAAGACACGGCCGCUCUGUCUCUGCUCUGCUCUGAGUUUUGAGUUAAAGCCAUACAUUUGCAACUGCGUCGAUAGACUUUGCCUUGUGUAUACAAUACUUAAUUAUGUAAGUAAAACGACUCUGUUGAUCAUAUUUCAACAUUUAAACAAUUAUACCAAGACCUCUAUAAAGAAUAUAAGUUAAACAUGGCCUAUAGUUCCCGACACCAAUGCUAGAUGGGAUUAUUUUAUCAAUGACCUUUUUGGGCUUUCCAUGUGGACGGUAAAAUAUUUUAAGGUGUUCUUUAAAUCAAAAAGCAUUCAUCAAUUAUAAAACUAUCGAGAGCUCUCAAGACAAAUCAUUGCAAACAAUGUGUUAAAAAAUUUGAGAUUGUUGACUUUUCUGUAGAUUUCAUGAAUACUUUGCACAUUAUCACUGAGAACUUUCCAUUUUUUGUCAGCACCCUCAUUAAACAUUUAAACUAUGAAAACACAAGAUAAUCUUUCUUUGUUUGUCAAUUAAGUUAUUAUGUUGCCUUUGAUGACAUUGUUGUUAUUGCGAUACUUAUUUUACGUGUUAAAGUUAAAAUUGCCUCAUAUCAUAUCCGUUAGAGUUGCGUAACGGAACUAAGGAUAAAACGUUUAAAAUGGAGUGCUUAAAAUCAACUUUCUAUGAUUAAAUCUAUGAUUUGAUGAGGACUCUAUGAUUCAUUGGAAUUAAAACAUGACCGAUCAAUGAACCCUAAAAAGGGAAGCAAAAAAAAGCUGCCUUCCGCAAUUUGUGGAUGGUUAUAUUAUGAUGAAGCUGCUGCAGGUUGAUUUAGUGUGUUCUCCCACAAGAGAAUGCAUUUAUUAUCCAGUGCUAUUGAAUUGACAUUUAACGACUUUUUGCUUUUUACAAAUAAUAUCUUGCGGGUCUAGCACAUGCACAAAGUUAUUCAAACACUCAUUUAAAAAAUGACUACUUAU